AUGGAUUUGUCUGGAUUCUGGGUGCAACGUGGGUAUGAUUACCGAUACUACGCGCAAGAUUGUCGGGAUGAGUUAGAUUCUGCCGCUGCGCUUUUUCUUUUAGUCAUAAAAGGAGUAGGAGGUGUCGGCCAAGGUGCACAAGUAGCUCUGAACUUUGCAAAGUGGAACGCCGUUGGAGAUCAUACGAUGAAUAUGCGACUUGUAAUAGGGAUAAACUCUUGGAGAAUACCUACCAACAGGAUAGAUUAUGAUUUUGGGGCUGCAAUUCGUUCUUCAUGGCAGUCAAUCCUACUUAUACGUGGAAAUCUCGAACCGAGUAUUCCUUUAUACUUUGCAAAAGAAACUGCUGUCUCCCUUAUAGAUGAUGGAUUUGGAGAAGUUUCGCUUGGUCGUGAAAUCACUGUGAACGUACUGAAAAAGGUCGAAGUCUGGUUGAACGGGAAGCUUCCACUCGAUCCAAACUAA